AAUCAAGGCGCGACAAUUCAAGAUUGUCACCUAGUGUAUCCAUCAUUAAUUAUAGUUAUGGCACGUGUAGCAAGUCAAAAUUUGUUUGAAAUCCUUGGUGACGAUGAAGAUAUUGAGGCAAAGGUUGAAUUAUCAAAUGAUACCACACCAACCAAAAAUGAAACCGUAGUUGUUCAGAAACAUGUUGAUAGAUCUCGUGCAAGUCCAAAAGAAUCAAGACUUAGACAUGAAUAUCCUCAAUUUGGAACUUCUGACAAUAGAUCUGGACCUCGUGAUCUCAAUGUAGGACGUCGUCACCAAGAUAAUGACAAUAAUUACAACAACAACAAUUAUCAAUCAAGAAGUUCACGUGGCUCCCGUCCUGGUAAAGUUGAAACUCCAUCAUGGGAAAUACAAGAUGAACCUACAUUUGAGGCUAGCGGAGCUGAUAAUAAAAAUAAUAAAGAUCUUGGUGAAGAUGAGGCCGCCACUAAACCUGUUGAAACUGAAGAAGUCGUUAAAACACUGGAAGAAUAUUUAUCUGAAAAAGCACAAAAAGUUCUUGAUAUUUCACUUCCUGAGGUAAGAAAACCAAAUGAAGGUGUUGAUGAUAGUCAAUGGAAAGACGCCGUACCUCUUGAAAAGAAAGAAGAUGGAGAUAUUCUAUUUUCUGGAAAGCCCGUAGGUGGUGGCGGUGGCGAGAGAAGCUAUGAUAAUUAUAAUAAUAAUCGCAGAGGUGGCGAGAGAAGCUAUGAUGGUUAUAAUAAUCGCGAAAAUCGUAGAGGUGGUAAUGGUAAUCGUAGCAAUUAUGUUAAUAUUGAUGACCAAGGAGCAUUUCCAAGUCUCGGUACUGUGUAA